AUGGCUGAACAGAGAAAGGGAAAUCUAUCAACACUAGAGCGUAAUAAAGUCGCUCAAUUUCUCCUUCAAAAAAGCUGCAACGGAAAGCUGAAUCAUGGAGCUCAAAAAGAGGCUUCUACAUCUUUUGGUAUCACCCGAAAAUCAGUCUACAAGAUCUGGAAAGUUGCAGAGCAGCAGCUAGUCUCUGGAAACCCUGUCAUAUUGCUGCCAAGAAAACAAGGUAAUCAACACAAGGAUAGAAUGAAACUUGAUGUAGAAAAAGUUAGAAACCUUUCUGUGCUUCAAAGGUCUACAAUAAGAAAGAUGGCAGUACAUCUUAGUGUUAGCAAAAGCCAAGUUGGCAACUGGAUAAAGGACAGGCAGAUAAGGGCACACACAAGUGCAAUAAAGCCAACACUUACUGAGGUGAACAAGCUUGCCAGGCUACGUUGGAGUUUGAGUCAUUUGAGUCCAGAUAUAUCAAAUGGAAAGCUGGAUUUUACAGGAAUGCACAACACAAUUCACAUAGACGAAAAAUGGUUUUAUAUCACAAAGUGCUCAGAUAGGUACUAUCUUCUUCCAGAUGAAGAAGAUCCCUACAGAUCAUGUAAGUCGAAAAGAUUCAUCACUAAAGUGAUGUUCAUGUGCGCUGUGACCAGACCACUAUAUUCAAGUGAUGGGGAGCUCAUAUUCGAUGGAAAAAUUGGAAUAUUUCCAUUCACUACAAAGGAGCCAGCAAAAAGAAAUUCAAAGAACAGAUUAAAGGGCACAUUGGAGACUAAACCAAUUCAAGCUAUCACAAAAUCAGUCAUAAAGGACUGUAUCAUCAAUCAGAUUAUACCUGCCAUUAAAGCUAAAUGGCCUCCCUGUGCAAGCAAACACAUCAUCAUUCAACAAGAUAAUGCAAAACCUCAUAUUGAUCCAAAUGAUGAGGAUUUCAAAGCAGCUGCAAAUGAAGAUGGAUUCAGUAUGAAACUGGUAUGCCAACCACCCAAUUCUCCCGACUCAAAUGUGAACGAUCUUGGAUUUUUCAGAGCCAUACAAUCACUGCAAGAUGACAAGCAUGCAAAUGGUGUAGAUGAUUUAUUAAGGAAUGUCAGCAGCUCAUUUGAAGAACUGUCAGCAGAGAAAUUAAACAACGUUUUUCUGACCCUACAAUGCUGCUACAAGGAGAUUAUGAUGGUGAGGGGAGGAAACAAUUACAGAAUUCCACACAUGAACAAAGGGGGAUUGAUAAUGCGUGGCACUCUUCCUCAAAACAUUUCUGUUGAGGAAAGACUUGUAAGGGAUUGCUUGGAGUAUCUAAUGCAGCCUGAAAACAAUGAUGGUACACUCUACAACAUAAACCAUCUGGUAAGUUCAUUUGGUUACUAG